UGCAUUAAAUUGAAAUAAUUAUCUCUGGUAAAAUAGUCUACGACUAAGUCCUGAACGGAACAGCAUCCAGACAUUCAAUACUGAGCUGUCGUACGAAUAAGACCGGUUUUUAGUUUUGUGAACAACCAGAGGAAAGUGACCAGAGUGUUACCAAAAAUACUUCUUUCAAUAUGAAGUUGGUGCUAGCAGUCGUUGCAAUUUCUAUUGCUGUCUGUGCAGGAGACACAUCAUACAAUGCUGAGCCCACAGCCGGAUAUGAUAAGUAUGAACAUAAUCGUCACAAUGAAUCCUCUAGCCACUAUACAUCGCACAAGGAAUCGGUUCAAGAGGCACGAAGAAAAGCAGCGGACCGCCUUCAACAAAUGGGUGCUGACGAAGAUUAUGUCAAACAAAUUUCUUCGGGUUCUGGAGGUGGAUACGGAGCCGGAAGUGGAUAUGGAGCUGGAAGUGGAUAUGGAGCUGGAAGUGGAUUUGGAACUGGAAGUGGAUAUGGACUUUCAGCGACACAUGGAGGAUACAGAGCCGGUAGCACUGGAUUGUCAGCAGGAUUAACAACAGGUUUAGGAGCUGAUCCUGCUUUAUGUACAGUUCCAUGUGACAGCACGCAAUUCGCCUCUAAUAGUGACGUUGAUAAUUUUGGCGUAGGCUUCGUUGGAUAUCCAACAGGCGCGUCUUCCUCUUCUAACUUAAAUUUUGAGACUGAAUCGGAAUUGAACCAGCAAUCUGCUGUGAGCCCAAUCGUAAUUCCAUUGUCCGGAUCAAGUUCCAAAUUCAGUGCCAGCUCGUCUCACCAUGAGCAAGUACAACAACAAGCAGCUCCAAUAGUCAUUCCUGUUUCGUCGGGAGGCUCCGAACGCUAUGUCAGUCAUUCGGAAAGAAUAUCCGAAACUCAAGCAGCUCCGAUUGUGAUUCCGGUAACAAGUGGAGGAUCAGAACAUUUUUCGAGUCAUUCAGAACGCUUAGAAGAGAGCAACUCUAAUCCAGUUCAAAUUCAAGUACCGAUUUUCCCCACAACUGGAAGCUCUCAAAGAUACUCAAGUCGUACCGAACGUAUUUCCGAACAAGCAGCACCAGUACAGAUACCAGUUUUCCAGCCAAGCGGAAGAUCAGAACAUUACUCAAGUCACUCCCAACGUGUCACUCAACAAGCAGCACCAAUACAGAUACCAGUUUACCAGCCAAGUGGCAGAUCACAAAAAUUCUCAAGUCAUGUAGAAAGAGUCAGUGAAACUGCGGCCCCUGUCCAAAUUCCAAUUUAUCCAACCGGUGGAUCAGAACGUUUCUUAAGCCGGACAGAACAAUUCCAACAAACAAAUGCCCAACCAUACCAACCAAUUGUCUACCCAACCGGUAGUAGUUCAUCCAGAUAUCAAUCCCACCAACAAUCCGUUCAACAAACUGCUGCCCAACAGCCAAUCAUACUUCCAACCCAGUCAUCCUCAUCUCGUUACACUAGUCAACAAAGUUCAUCGUCAUCGAACAUUGCCAGUCAACCGGUGUACGUACCGAUUCCACAAACGGGAUCAUCUCGCUACACACAAAGUUCAAGCUUUUCCAACUCAAAUCGCGGCGGUGGCUACAUCCCAAUUCCCUAUGCACCGAGCAGUGGAAGCUCUUCGCGACAAUUUUCUCAACAGACGACUUCAUCGCAAGGAGGCUAUGGAGGACAAGCGGGCUUUGGGGGUUAUGAUUCAAGAGUAAAUGAAAGAUAUACCGGAGCAGGUGGUUUCGAUUCUGGCUUCUCUGGACGAUUAGGUUCGCAAACCGGUUUGUUUGGAUCACAGACCAGCAGCGAUUUGAGUCAAUACAUGUCCGAGUCGGAGCGAUUGGCUAGAGAACAAGCCCAAAAUGUUCAGGGAAGUGGCACGUACAGUGGAAGUGCUCUACUCGAUUCAUCUUCACGAGAUGUUAAUUUGUCUGGUGGUCUAUCUGGUUCAGGAGGAUUGUCUGGAGGAAGCGGAGGAUAUACCAAAGUUAAAUCGUGGGAAAACAGCUCGAAAUGGGCAUCAGGAACGCAGCUCGACGAAAGCGGCAAGCCGAAAACUUACAGUUCGUUGAGUACAGCAGAGAGUGAAAAUCAUAACAUCAACGGAAAGUCUACAUCAUACAAGGCGGCCACGACAACAUUGGAAGACGACGGUAAAGUCAGCACAUACAGCAUUCAUACAUAAGCGUCAAUAACCAGCGAAAAGAAGCAAAUUUGUUUAUGUUAGUUGUCGUAUAACAAAAUCAGUAUAAUUUUAUGAUAAUUUAGCCCUCUGACGCAAUGAUGAGUAUCAAAGACAUUUUACCAAAAAUUUGUAAAUUCAUCCGCUCUAACGCCGUGGCAGGUUAUUCGGAAUUGAAACUCUUAGGGAUUCCCAAAAAAAUCGGAAAAAUUCUUGUGAGUUUUUCUAAUUGAUCAGAAUCUUCAGGAAUUUCAUUUCCGGGUAAUCCCCUCAGCGUUCUGACCUCUGACACCAAUGUAAAGAAAUAAAAAGUUUUUUUUU